GAUCACAAUUAUGAACAACUUGAAUUACUCAGCUUUAAAGACAUGUGCAGAGAACAGAAACUAUUGGCUCUCUUGCGUGAGUUACAGACAGAUUUAAUGAAUGAUGAUAACAUUCCAUUAGAAAAUCUUUCUCAAGACAAACCAUCUGAUCUUUUCCGUAAAGUAUGUUGA